AUUAUCGGGAUAAUCGCACCUCACGCUCGGCCGCAGGAACGCUGAGCUCGCGCUAAUCGGCGUUGGAAGAGACGCGCUGGGGAAGAUUGAGUAAACAAGUGGGGUUUGGCUGGAGCUUUAUUCCAGGAAUCUGACACCAUGACUGCAGAGGAGAUUAUAAACAUUAAAGAAGCUGAGAUAAUCAAGCUGAUCCUGGACUUCCUCAACUCCAGAAAGCUGCACAUCAGUAUGUUGGCAUUAGAGAAGGAGAGUGGCAUCAUUAAUGGACUUUAUUCAGAUGACAUGCUCUUCCUGAGGCAACUUGUUUUGGACGGGCAGUGGGAGGAAGUUUUACAGUUCAUCCAGCCUUUGGAGGGUCUGGAUAAAUUUGACAGAAAGAGGUUUCGAUAUAUCAUCCUAAAACAGAAGUUUUUGGAAGCUCUGUGUGUUAACAAUGCCAUAUCUGCAUCAGAUGACCCUGAAAAUCUGGAGCUCACCAUGCAGGAUGCAGUAAAGUGUCUUCAUUCCCUGGAAGAGUUCUGUCCCAGCAAAGAAGACUAUAGUAAACUCUGCCUGCUCCUUACGCUUCCUCGCCUCACUAACCAUGCUGAGUUCAAGGACUGGAACCCCAGCACGGCACGCGUCCACUGCUUCGAGGAGGCCUGCACCAUGGUGGCCGAAUUCAUCCCUGCCGACCGCAAACUGAGCGAAGCCGGGUUCAAAGCCAGCGGAGACCGACUCUUCCAGUUGCUCAUCAAGGGAAUACUGUACGAAUGCUGCGUGGAGUUCUGCCAGAGCAAAGCCACCGGAGAGGAGAUUAGUGAAGAGGAGGUUUUGCUAGCUGUUGAUGUUUUGUGUGGAAACGGUUGCGAGGAGUUGGACUUAAGUUUGCUUUCUUGGCUGCAAAACCUGUCGUCGACGGUUUUUGCUUGCGCGUUUGAGCAGAAAACUCUUAACAUUCACGUAGAUCGGCUUGUAAAACCAGCCCGAACAGGUCAUGCGGAUUUACUCACACCUCUUUUGACUAAACUUUCACCUUGUCCUGCUUCGCCGCUUAGACGGCCCCAUUCAGCGGAUACAUACAUGUCACGAUCGUUAAAUCCUGCACUGGAUGGCUUGUCACAUGGCCUUGUAGGAAGAGAAAAGAAAAACACUGAGGGUGAUGGAAAGGCGACAGCCAUGUCACAGUCUUUUGCCAAUUUUGGAUAUCCUUCUGGGGGAAAUGGGAGCAAAAAUGGGAGCACAGUCUGUACCGAUUCACCAGACAGAGCACAGGCUGAGACAAUCAACAGCCCUGGUGGAACAAACUCGAUACGUCCUCCACUCACUCCUGGCAAAGAUGGAGGAGUCACAGCUACAGCUGACAAAUCUGAGGAGCAGCUGCAGGAGUUCCAGCGUCAGCGGCUGCGGGUUCAGCAGCAUCUGGAGCAGAAGCAGCAGCAGAGGCAGCUUUAUCAUCAGAUGCUGCUGGAGGGAGGAGUUCAUCCUCCAGAUCAGCCCACAGACACAGCGCAGCACAACCUCACGCAGAAGUUCCUCAACAGGUCCAUUCAGAAACUGGAGGAGCUGAAUGUGGGAAUGGAGGAUUUGGGUGAAGACGUUCAGGCUUUGGCUCAGCAGUGUAACGGCACGUCAGCGAGUGAAAGCAGUAAACAGACCCCAGAGACCGGCCCGGGACGAAUAAAGACGGCGGUGAUCAGCAGCACCCCUCAUAAAGGAGGAGUACGAGGGAUUCCAUCUCUGGAUGAGUCCCCAGUGCUGGUCAACCAGAGUGUGUUCCAGGAUGAGAAGCCCAAAUCCCCUUUCAUAGCAGUGCAGACUCUGGAGGACACGCAGGCGGUGCGUGCUGUCGCCUUCCACCCAUCUGGGAUGCUCUAUGCUAUUGGUUCCAACUCCAAAACACUGCGCGUCUGUACUUACCCACAGUCCCUCAAAACCAGCCCACAAGCUCCAGUAAAACAGCCUGACAUCUGCUUCAAGCGUAUUAAACACCAUAAGGGCUCUAUAUAUUGUGUGGCCUGGAGCCCCUGUGGGCAGCUGCUUGCCACAGGCUCCAAUGACAAGUAUGUCAAAGUUCUUCCUUUCAACGCUGACACCUGCAAUGCCACAGGACCAGAUCUAGAGUUCAGUAUGCAUGACGGCACCAUCAGAGAUCUGGCGUUCAUGGAGGGUCCCGAGAGCGGAGGUGCCAUCCUGAUCAGCGCUGGAGCUGGAGAUUGCAACAUCUACACUACGGACUGCCAGAGAGGACAGGGACUGCAUGCGCUGAGUGGACACACAGGGCACAUUUUGUCUCUGUACACGUGGGGAGGGUGGAUGAUUGCAUCUGGCUCUCAGGAUAAGACGGUGAGAUUCUGGGAUCUGCGUGUGCCCAGCUGUGUGAAGGUGGUUGGGACGACUUUGCAUGGGACAGGCAGUGCGGUGGCAUCAGUGGCCAUAGACCCGAGCGGACGGCUCAUGGCCACCGGACUGGAGGACUGUCGCUGUAUGCUUUAUGACAUCAGAGGAGGCCGAAGUGUCCAGGUGUAUCGUCCUCACAGCAGUGAUGUCCGAUCGGUUCGCUUCUCUCCUGGAGCUCAUUAUCUGCUCACCGGUUCCUACGACAGCAGAGUCAUGAUCUCUGACCUGCAGGGAGAUCUAACUAAGAAUCUGCCAGUGACUGUUGUGGCUGAACAUGCGGACAAAGUCAUCCAGUGCCGCUGGCAUACGAGAGACCUGUCAUUUCUGUCCUCCUCAGCUGACAAAACAGUCACACUGUGGGCCCAUCAGACCUGAUUCAGCACACACAGACACACACAUUGUCUGUCACAUCCAUGUCUAGAGACUGCAUGAAGGACCAACCGCUUCUGUAUGGAGAAAAAAAGAACAAACCCAUGACACUUUCUCACUCACAAACACAAACAAAGCCACACGUAGCAACGCCGCUUCUGUAUUUUGCAUAUGCGAUUUUGAGUGAACGAAACCGUCCUGAAAAUGUGAGCUGGAUUGUGCCUUGAGUUCAUAUUUUCUUCAUUUGAUUGAACGUUUUAUAAACAUCAGCUUUUGUAUAGGCUUCAGUGCUAAUGCUAAUCGUAGCAUAACAGACAUUGUGUAGCACAUUGCACUAUGGAUAUCAUAGAACUUUGUUUAUGCAGCAUGAAUAUUUAUCUAUUUAAAUAGAUGUAAAUAAACACUCAUAAUGUAAAUGCUGAGGAUCAGUGUUGUGUGAAGGUUGUCCUCAGUGUUGUUGGAGUGCUUCAUGCAUUUAUCCGAAUGCUUUUACUGUAAUUUGGAUGGCCAUUUUGUUGAUAUGCAUAAUAUGCAUCACUCUUGCACAUGAAUUCAGCACCUUUAUUUUGUAUUGAUGAUUGACAAUUAAAAGACUCUCUCUCUCUCUCUCUAAAUCACCAGUUGUAUAAAGUAUGUAUUAGUAAUUUAUUUGACAUGGAAAUAAACAAGUUUUCAAACUA